UUCUGAUGGUGUAAUGGUCUUAACGAAACCGCCAAAAGCUUAUAAUUUAUAGGUGCCUAAUAUGUCUGAAGUUCCAGCAUAUUUAAAGGGCAGAGGCAGGGGGAGGGGAAAUGCACCUACUUCUGCUCCUGCUCCUGCACCUGGAGCUGUAGGUAAAGGAUGGGGCUCCCAGCUCUGGGGUGGUGACAAUGCUGGUAACAACAAAACCAAAGGUUAUGGACAAAUGAACCAUAAUGCUACUAAUGGUUUCCAAGACCAGAAGGGAAAUGGUGUUGUAAAGAAACAAGCUAGCAAUGGAAAGAGAAAGGAAAGCAGCACUGUGAAAAGGAAUGGUAGCAGAGAGGAAAGUGCUGGUGGUGAUGAGAAAUUUCGUCAGGCCAGUGUACAGCACCAGCAAGCCAUACAACAGUAUCUUCAGGAUCAACCACAGUCCAAUGAGAAUGAUUCUUCCGAGGACGAGGAUGACAUUGGCAAUAAUAUUCUCUCCUCUGUGUUCAAAUCCUACUCUUCCUCCAUCGGUGAGGACGAGAAAGACAUCAACCGAGCCCAAGAUGACCUAGUCCAUUCCUUCAGGUCUGGGGUAUCUGCCUGCCUCGUCUGUAUAGAGACUAUCAAGAAGAAUGAAGCUAUUUGGAAUUGUAGUGGAUGUUGUGCCAUGUUUCACAUGCAAUGUAUACAAAAGUGGGUGAAGGAAGGCGUGUACCAGCAUAUGUACCGGUCACAGGAUGACAAAGUACCAAAAGAUCUGCCAUGGUUCUGUCCCAAGUGUCGUCUGGAGUACAAGCCAUAUGAGUGCCCGACCCGCUACAUGUGUUUCUGUGGGAAGGUGGAGGACCCGAAGUUUGACCCCUGGUUAGUUCCUCACUCCUGUGGCCAGACCUGUGGACGUCAGCUCAAACCUGAAUGUGGUCACACCUGUCUCCUGCUUUGUCAUCCAGGUCCGUGUCCCCCUUGUCCAAAGACGGUCAGGACUAAAUGUUAUUGUGGAAAGCAGGGACCUGCUGUCAGGAGAUGUAGUGCAAAAACAUGGUCUUGCGGUCAGCCAUGUGGCCGGACUCUGUCUUGUGGUCAGCACAAGUGUCAACAGCCAUGUCAUGUUGGUGAGUGUGCCCCAUGUCCUAAAACCAGUGAGCAGAAAUGUCAGUGUGGAAAGUCGACUUCCGUACAGCCUUGUGCGACACCCCAGUGGCAGUGUACUCAGGUUUGUGGAAAGCGAUUGAGCUGCGGUAGCCAUGUUUGUGAAAGAAGUUGUCAUGGUGGCUCCUGUGGCUUAUGUCCAAGGGCCGGAGCAAGGACAUGUCCGUGCGGAAAAACAGAAUACACUUUGCCAUGUACUGAUGAUGUGCCGACCUGUGGUGACACGUGUGGCAAGAUAUUGGACUGUGGAAUUCACAAAUGCUCACAACGCUGUCAUUUAGGACCCUGUGGAACUUGUCGACAAAUGAUAAAGAAGAAAUGUCGAUGUGGACUGAAACAGAAGGAGAUUCCCUGCUAUAAAGAAUAUAUGUGUGAUACAAAAUGUAGUAAUACAAAAGACUGUGGUAGACAUCAAUGUAAGAGGAAGUGUUGUGAUAGCAACUGUCCCUCCUGUGAACAGACGUGUAGUAAACCUUUAGGAUGUAAGAACCACAAGUGUUCCAGUCGCUGUCACAAAGGUGCAUGCUAUCCAUGCCCUCUCACUGUAGAGAUCACCUGCUUCUGUAAGGCCACAAGAAUCACUGUUCCCUGUGGCAGAGAGAAGUUCACCAAACCACCCAGGUGUAAACAGUCCUGCAGACUACCCCCAAAAUGUCACCACCCUGAACAGGUUCCUCAUCGCUGCCACUUUGGUGACUGUCCUCCCUGUCGUUUGAUGUGUGCCAAGGUCCGUGAAUGUGGUCACAUUUGUUCUGUUGGGUGUCACACUGCCAUUAAAGUCAAAGUCAAAGACAAUGUACAGAGAGCAGGUCCCUGGGAGGGUCGUCCCAUUGUGAGGGAUGAGAUUGUGGAAAAAAUGUGUCCACCUUGUUUGGUCCCUGUGCCAGUAACUUGUCUCGGUGGACAUGAGACCUGCAAUAUUCCAUGCUACAAGGCAAAGCCAGAAUCUUGUCAGAGACCUUGUGGUAGACAACUCUCCUGUGGAAACCAUACAUGUUCUCUUUCCUGCCAUCAGGUGCAGGGGGCAGCAGAUAAUAUACAGGCCGGUGAGAAUUGUGAGGUUUGUGAGUCUCACUGUUUGAAGCCCCGUCCUGAAGGUUGUUCCCAUGACUGUGCUCUCCUAAAGUGUCACCCUGGACCCUGCCCAUCUUGCCAGCAAAUGAACCGCAUGCGAUGCCACUGUGAACUGACUGUACAACAUAUUAACUGUGAUAAAUGGUUGAAGGCAGACCAGGUGACCAAGGACGCCCUGAAGUCCUGCAAAGGGGCGUGUCCAAAAACUAUGCCAUGUGGCCAUGUGUGUGGUGCCACCUGUCAUGCUGGCCAAUGCCCACGGAUUGGUCUGUGUGAGAAGAAAAUUAACAUGAGGUGUAAGUGUCGCAAUAGGAAGCAGGAACUGGUGUGUAAAAAUGUUCCAGACCGUCAGGCGAAGCUCGAGUGCAACGAAGCGUGUAAGGUAGAGAAAGAGAAAAAGAAAAAGGAAGAGGAGGAGAAGGAAAAGUCGAAGUUAGAGGAGGAGCGUCUGAGGAACCAGGCUGAGAUAGAGGAAUAUGAGAAGAAAAUGAAAGGUGGGAAAAAACGAAAACCACGCAAACAGCAGGAUAUCAUGGUUCAACAGACAUUUGUACAAAAAUAUGGGAAAUACAUUGCUGUAUCUGUUGUUAUAGGCGUUUUGGCAGUUUUUGCCUAUCAUUUACUACAAGUCUAAGUACUACUUUCAAAGUACUGUGCUAAAUGGUUACAUUUUAAAUUCUGAAAGCUUAUUAAUAUUUCCUGUGGCUACAGUCUUAUCACAGCAACAGGGAGAUUCAAAUUUAGUUCAGUCUAUAAAAAUGUUCUUUUUUUACUUAAAAAAAAUUUAUACAGUAAAAAGGAAACUUUGAAUAUAAGUUAUUCCUAUUAAUACUGGCAAGUGGUGUUGGAAGCGUUCAUAUUGUUUAAUAAGUUGACAUCCAAUUUAUGCAAUAGGUCUGAGGUUUUAUCUUGAAACUCUUGUGCUAUUCAGGACUUGAACUACACAUAAUAUGUAUCAUACUAUUUGACGAAAAGCCCAUUUCUGGUAAUAAGCCCACCGUAUCUGUUGCUAUUUAGUAGUAUUACCAACAAAUAUUACUUCUAUGUCCUGUAAUAAGCCCACCCCCUGACUUUGAGGGAGAUGUAAUCUGUUGGUCUCCUGGGCUUAUUGCAGUGUAACAAUGUUACUGCGCUUUAAUAUCUGGUCUAUAGAUAUGGCAAUGUAUUACUUUUUUAGGCACAAAAUACAAAAUUAAUAUGGAUUUUCUUGUCAUAAAAUUUUGAAGGAAAAUUCUAUAAGUUCUUAGUUAAUGACCUGAAAUAUACAUUCAAGCUAAAAUUAUUGUGUAAUAUCAAGCUUAUAUACAUACACUUUAGGUUUUAACAGACAUCAGGAUGAUGUAAAGUGCAGAUUUAACUCACAGAUAAUGUAUUGAUUCCUUCUUUUGAAACUUACUGUAGUACAUAUAUGUAUAUUCUAUAUGUACCAGAUUGAUGCCUACGUUUGAUUCACACUUGUAAAAUUACAAAAUUGUGGGUGAUUUGAUAGAGGACAUUAUUUCCAAUUUAUCUUUUAUUUCAUGCAUUGUCAUUAUUAGCAAACAGUUUGUCUCUGUUAUAUCAAAGUGCCAGGUAGGUGCAAUAAUAAAACUUGUCAAAUUCCAUGGUGUUAUUGCAGAUGUUGUCACAACUGCACUUACUUGUACACACUAACAUAUAUUAACUUGUUUUGUCUAGCUUUAUUAUGGAGUAUAUAUUUACUUGUGAUAUAUGUUAAGAUAAAUUUUUUUUUGUUUUUCUCAAUUUUUUGAGAUUAUGAAUGAUAUACACCGCUAUUCUGUAGCAGAGUUAAACAAGCAGUACCUCAUUUUGUUGUAAUGACUGGUUUUCCCGGUACCAUGGAUCAGUUCAUAUGGUAUGUCAUUCAUUUCUUUAUAUUAAUUCAUUUGGUGUUAUUUCACUAUGUAAAAAGUGCCUGUGAGUUUAUAUGAAAAUGUGUUCAGUUUUGCUGCGAUCAAUCAUCAACUUCUUCUUUAGAACUAUAAAACAUGAUGUAGUAAUGUCCGAAUUGAGGUUUGAUGGGAUGAAAAGCUAUCAAUAUUGAUCUCAACUGACAAUAUUGAACAUCACAAAAAUGAAAUAAUUUGCAAGCUCAAGGCAUUUCAGCAUUAAGCACACUUGUAUGCUUGUAUUCUUCAUAUAUACAUAUUUUGUCAUCACCAGUAAAUGAUAGGUAAAUGAUAAGAAUCUACCUUAUUCAAUGGGGUUCAUCAAAAAAGUUUUGAAUAAAUAUAUCAAUAUAAUUUUCCAUGACUUUUUUCAGUUAGAUCUUUCUGUGUAUGAUGACACAGUAUGUUUUAAUUCUGCUUUUUAAGGUUUAUUUUCUUUUUUAAGUUUUACCUUGAGAUACUUACAUAUUCAACAUGUUUUAGAUAAUUCAUUUUUCACUUACCUUGAAAUUUACCAAAACUUGCACAAAACAUUAUAAUUAAACCAUUUUGCCAUUUUGGGAAAUGUUUUUGCAUGAGGUGAAAUUAUUCUGAUAUUUGUCAAACAAAAACAUACACAAAUCAAAGCAUUAUAAUAUACAAUGUAACAUGUACAUGUUUAUGGAUUCCUAUUCAUCAGAAGUCACAACCUUUGAGGAUAUAAUUAGAAUGACAUUCAGGAGAGGUCUGGAUAUCUUUAGGAAAAAAUUCAAUACUAUAAUUCUAAAUCAUACCAAAUGUUGUCACCAAAGUACGUUUCUUUGUUUAUAAAAACUUACAUUUGUUGCUAGUAAAAAUUUUGGGUUGUAUGAUUACCACAUGGGGGCCAUGGUGUCCAAGUAGUUAAGGUGUCUGACCCGUCGUUGUCACUAACCUUCCACCUCUGGGUCAUGGGUUCAAGGUCUACAUGAGAAAGUCGCCAGAUACUGAUCGCAGUUCGGUGGUUUUCUUGAGGAACUCUAGCUUUCCACCACCAUCGAAAGCCGACACAUUCUUAAAUGAUCCUUGCUGGUAAUAGGAUGUUAAGCAACAAUAUACUGUUACAAUAUAGCUACAUUACAUUCAGAGUGCUAGUCUGUCCUCUACUCAUUGGACUGAUUUCUGUUCAUACUGGAAAUGGUAGUAAAUUUUACCAAUUUGGAUCAUAUCAUUAUGAAGAAAAAUCAGCUUAAAUACAUUUUAUCUCUGAAUUUGUUUUGUUUUUUUAUGUAUGAUGCAUACUUAUCAAAGUCUGAACAGUUCAUAAUUUGUAAUGAUAUAUGAAUAUUUGUUUCACUGCUGUUAUAUAACCCAACCAAAUACAGAUGGCAUUCAUAACAGCUUUUAAUGAUGUGUAAAUUGAAAAUAACUGGAACAUUCUAGAAAGCGACAGAUUCAAAUAUCAGCACAAUAUGUAUACAAAUGGAAAAAGGGCAUGUUUGUUUUACAAGGUAAUUAGGUGAAGGUCAUUUAAAAUUAGUACAUAUAUAGAAUAUUUAAACCACAGUGUUAAUGAUCAGGAAUACAUGAGAUAAAGAGUGCGUAAUUGUGUAGUUUGUGUAAUUAAUUAAAUCAUGUUAAAUCAAGUUAUAGAAGUAAGAUGGGACAGGUUAUAGAAGGUGAAGACAGAACAGAUAACAGUUAUGAUGGUGAAGGUAACAGUCAGCUGGGAGAUAUUUUGUGCAGAUUUUACAUCAAGGCAAUGUGGAGAGAAUUAGUAAAGAUUUCUGUCCUUUCAUUACUAAGUGAACCAUAUUGAUAUUAUUAUUGGGGCUUGAAAGAAGCAUGUAUGGAGGUGUUCAUUCCAGGGGCGAAAGGCCAUUUUGUGGUGCUCUGUUUGGUCAUUAUAAAUAUCUUAUUAAUAUGCAUCUCUGUAAUGAACUGUAUGAUUAUAGAUUUAUCAUUAUCAGGAGUUGAACAUGUUUAUUAUGGAAUUGUACAUAAUUUUGUUACAAAGUAUUUCUAGUCCAAAGAAGAAGUUUUUCAGUCUGAUAUUUAUUAAGUUACCAAACCUUCCAAACUUAUGUUUUCUGUGUUAACUCUUGUUUUAAUGUUGAUGAUGAAGGUGCUGUGUUCCUCUCACUGUUUUUUCUUAAGAAGUUCUAGAACAAGUUAAUUAGUUUACAGUUUUCAUAUAAAGCACUGUAUUGUUGUGUUUGAGAGUUCCAGUAUGCAGUUUAAAGUUUCACUGAGAUAUUUAAGUAAUGUUCAGACCCAAUAUCAUGAAAAUACAUGUAUUGAUGACGAUAAUGUAUUGACCACAACCAUUUUACUGCGUAGAAAUACACAUGCAUUGUACAUGUAGGAAAAUAUUUAGGAAAACAAUUCAUUUAUUUAUUUAUUUUUUUUUUUUUACAAUUUUAACCAAUCAGGAUGGAGAUAAUAGUGUUGUCCCAAAACAUUGUGGGCUACUGGUAGUAAGUUCCAGCUGGGACAAAAUGUUUCAGCAACUUUUUAAAACCUUGUUUAUUAUUUGUGUUAAAUCUUGGUGUAUGUGAAUCAUCAUUUAAUAAAUGUAAUGA